GCCCGCCCCGCCCGCCGGGCGGGGGCGGGAGCGGGAGCAGCCGCAGCCGGCCCCGGCAAGGCGAGCGCGCGAGCACGGCCCUUCCCGCUCGCCGUACGCGCCCGCGCGCGGGCGGUGCUGUCGCUAAAAUGGCGGCUAAGAUUAAAGGAGCUUGUAUAAUACACGAGAUGAUCAUCAGGCAGAAACAAGGAUUCAUCUUUACAUUGUUGUAGUACAGCUUCUACAACACUCAGCAUACGGAACAAAAGAACCUGUAUUUUUGAUCUUUGAAAAGUUUUGAACACUUUGAAGUGGAUUGUUUGAAAUGCAGAGACUUAAAGCCGGAAUUAUCCAGAUGGCAAAGCUGGCAGCUGUUUCUUCUGGUCUGCCCUGUGCAUCUAUUACUGUAUAUGCAGCAACCGAAAAGGAAUCAAAAACCCAGCUGAUAAAACCAAAUCAGCUUCCAAUUUACUGUUCACCGCCUCUGAAAUCUAAAUACAUUGAAGAACAACCCAGCCGUUUGCAGAAGGGAUUUUCUUCAGUAAGAAGGACAACCAGCCGCUAUAUUGGGUGGUGCAAGGAUGCUUUUGUCUUUGUUAAAAAUGGAAUAAUGGAUUCAAUUCAAUUUGGAAAAGAUGCUUAUGUUUACCUCAAGAAUCCGCCACCAGAAUUUCUUCCCAAAGUUGGAGUAAUUACAAUAUCAGGCCUAGCUGGCGUAGUGCUGUCAAGAAAAGGUUCUAGAUUUACGAAAAUUGCUUAUCCACUGGGACUUACUACUUUAGGAAUUUCAGUUUGUUACCCAGCUCAGUCAGUAGUAAUUGCUAAGGUAACAGGGAAAAGGGUGUUUUCUGCAAGCCAUCAAACAUAUGAAGCAGUACGAUCACUGUGGGUGAAAAAGGAAGAUAUCACAAAGCAAGAGUCAAAAUCCCUUGUACAAGAAAAUAAGAAAAAGAACAAAAUUUCUAAGGCAUCACCUGAAUCUGCUGUGAAGUCAAGGUCAUUUGACAGGCCAGAAUCUUCUUCAGCAGAGUCUUCAAGUACUGAAGAUCCAGCGCCUUCAUUAGCGGAAUUAGAAGUUCCCAAUAUAGUCUCAGGAGCAGUGAAGACAACAAAAUUUAAACCUGACCCAGAACUUAUGGAUCAUGGUCAAGCCAACCCAGAAGACAUGGAUAUGUACAGUACUAGAAGCUAAGACAUCUGCUUAUGAAUCAUUGCAAAGUAUUAAGGGGGAGGGGAAAAGGAAAGGAAUAAUCCUUGUGUUACAUACCCCAUGAGGUAUAAUUUAAUCAGGUAUUUUCUUAUAUCCCAAUUUGUACUAUUGAUUUAUGUGACUGUUUAAUGAAUACUUUGUUUUUCACUACUUAUAAGCAGUUAAUAGACGUACAUGGUAUGUAUGAACAGUAAUUACCUACUGAGAAGUAGUGAGAAUUCACUCAUUGUCAAUGUCAUUAGUGAGACACUGAGAAAGGGAGAUUUGUCAGUGUCUUCACAGUGGCGUUUGUCUGUGCCAAGCUUGUUAAUAAAUGUCACUUCACAAAGGA